CGCACACGUGGCAUAUUCAUUACUUUCCCUAACAGUCAUGGAACAAGAGGAUGAAAUGAAUCAAGGAGACGAGAAACAGUGUCGGAUAUGCCUUGACGGGGUUGAAGCUGAAUCAGAACUGGGUCGUCUCAUUCGGCCCUGCCUAUGCAAAGGGUCAAUUAGCUACGUUCAUGUAAAGUGCCUACAGAGAUGGAGAAACACGGCCAGCGGCACCGCUUUCUUCUCUUGCCCACAAUGUCACUAUCGAUAUCGUUUCUCUCGAACCCGCGUCGUGGGGAUCGCAACCAACCCCGUCAUUGUAGGAGGCAUAUCUACCAUCUUUUUCGUCCUGAUCACCUUUCUCUCUUCCUUCCUCACCACAUAUUUGCUCUCGUUUUUCCAAGAACCGACAAGCACGACCUUCUACCUCUCGACAGGCUCAUUCUUCUAUGUUUCUCCUCUCGAGGUGAUACACGAUCUGGUCAGGGCUGCUCUUCGUAUACUGCAGGAUGAAGAUGAAGCUCUCGGUGUUGGUUUGUUUUCGUCGCCGGAUCGAGGGGCUCGGGUGCCUCCUCCUGUCGACGUCGACAGUGGUGGUGGUGGUGGUGGUGGUGGCUCCCUUCGACGUUUUUUCAUUCGUUUCGUCAUCGGUUUACCUCUUGUCGGCAGCGUUUCCCUCAUCCAGAUGCUCCUCACUCUCCCUUUCAUCGGACCCGUUCAUUGGCUCGCCCGGUACAGAGGGAAUCGAAGACGAAACAAUGACACACGGGAUGUAACAGCAAUCAUCCUCGUCCUUCUUCUCGUCGUGGGCGCCGCAAGAGCAUUCUACCGUCUUUAUCAAGUAAUCCAGUCCUGGACCACCAGGGCACUCCUGAAGUUUGAAGAUUCUGUACUCGAAGUCAGCGCGUAAUUUUUUAUA